CUUCCGCCUUCUCUCCCGGCGUCGCUUUCUGGAAGGUUCGUGGAGGCGGCGGCCAGGGAGACCGUUACUCCACAGCAGGCCGGAAUCCGUGUCCAUCGGUCCUCCUGAACCCGCGCAGACGCCAUCAAAAUCGCCAUGCCGGAGAACGUAGCUUCCCGAAGCGGGCCGCCCGCCGCGGGGCCAGGCAACCGCGGGAAAGGCGCCUACCAGGACCGCGACAAACCGGCCCAGAUCCGCUUCAGCAACAUUUCCGCGGCCAAAGCGGUUGCCGAUGCCAUUAGAACAAGCCUUGGACCUAAAGGAAUGGACAAAAUGAUUCAAGAUGGAAAAGGCGAUGUGACCAUUACCAAUGAUGGUGCCACCAUUCUGAAACAAAUGCAAGUAUUACACCCGGCAGCCAGAAUGCUGGUGGAACUGUCCAAAGCUCAAGACAUAGAAGCAGGGGAUGGCACCACGUCGGUCGUCAUCAUUGCUGGCUCUCUCUUAGACUCCUGUACCAAGCUUCUGCAGAAAGGUAUACAUCCAACCAUCAUUUCCGAGUCAUUCCAGAAAGCUUUGGAAAAGGGUCUUGAAAUCCUUACCGAUAUGUCUCGGCCUGUGCAACUGAGCGACAGAGAAACCUUGUUAAAUAGUGCGACCACUUCACUGAACUCAAAGGUUGUCUCUCAGUAUUCAAGUCUGCUCUCUCCAAUGAGUGUCAAUGCAGUGAUGAAAGUGAUCGAUCCAGCCACGGCUACCAGUGUCGAUCUUAGAGAUAUUAAAAUAGUUAAGAAGCUUGGUGGGACGAUAGAUGACUGUGAGCUGGUGGAAGGCCUUGUUCUCACACAGAAAGUGGCAAAUUCUGGCAUAACGAGAAUUGAGAAGGCUAAGAUUGGGCUUAUUCAGUUUUGCUUAUCUGCUCCUAAAACAGAUAUGGAUAAUCAGAUAGUAGUAUCUGACUACGCCCAGAUGGAUCGAGUGCUUCGAGAAGAAAGAGCCUAUAUUUUAAAUUUGGUGAAGCAAAUUAAGAAAACAGGAUGUAAUGUCCUUCUCAUACAGAAGUCUAUUCUAAGAGAUGCACUUAGUGAUCUUGCGUUACAUUUUCUGAAUAAAAUGAAGAUUAUGGUGGUUAAGGACAUUGAAAGAGAAGACAUUGAAUUCAUCUGUAAGACAAUUGGAACCAAACCAGUGGCUCACAUUGACCAGUUCACUGCUGACAUGCUGGGUUCUGCUGAGUUAGCAGAGGAAGUCAGUUUGAAUGGUUCUGGAAAACUGUUCAAGAUUACAGGCUGUACAAGCCCAGGCAAAACAGUGACAAUUGUCGUCCGAGGCUCUAACAAACUGGUGAUUGAGGAAGCUGAGCGCUCCAUUCAUGAUGCUCUCUGUGUUAUCCGAUGCUUGGUGAAGAAGAGAGCUCUUAUUGCAGGAGGUGGUGCUCCAGAAAUAGAGCUGGCCCUCAGACUGACAGAGUACUCCCGGACACUGAGUGGCAUGGAGUCCUACUGUGUUCGAGCUUUCGCAGAUGCCAUGGAAGUCAUUCCAUCUACACUGGCUGAAAAUGCUGGCCUGAAUCCCAUCUCUACCGUAACAGAGCUAAGAAACCGCCAUGCCCAAGGAGAAAAAACUACAGGCAUUAAUGUCCGAAAGGGUGGGAUCUCCAACAUUUUGGAGGAAAUGGUUGUUCAGCCUCUGUUGGUGUCGGUCAGUGCGUUGACCCUAGCGACUGAAACUGUGCGGAGCAUUCUGAAAAUUGAUGAUGUGGUAAAUACUCGAUAAUCUGGAUGAGGCUGGCCGACUGGCACGAGUAUGAAGAGAAGUAUUGUGCUAGAGUGGAAGAUGAUCGCCUCGUCCCUUGUCUGGAAGCUUGCUUCUUCAGAGUGUUUGGACAUUGUCUUCCAGUUGGCAUUUGUUGGGAAUUGUAUUGAAACAAUGUAAUGAAAAUAUUAAAUACUUGGUUUUAAACUCCA